AUGGCCUCAAGAGCAAUAUUACGAAGGAAAAAGUUUCUUUUUGACUCCUUUAAUCAGCACAAUUACUUGGUUCGAGGGUUUUCAAGUUUUGAUCAUGGAAGUUCAUCUUGGGUUCUUUAUUCACGGAAGAGGUGGGCGGUGAGCCAUUCAUCUUCAAGUACCAAUCAUGUAAAUGAAGAGGAUUCACGUUCUCUAAGCAAUGAUGAAGCACGAACUACUUUGAUAAAAGAAUUUCUUAGGCGUAAUUCUUCUGGUAUUCCAACUUCGGGCCGCGGAAUUGGAAGAUCAGGGGUUCUUUCCCCAUUGGGAGCCAGGUGGACUAUAGAAUAUGCACGCUAUUUUUCCACUGCUGCAGCUGGUCAGCUUGAAUUAGGAGGUAGUGGUGAUGAUAAAAAUGAAGAACCAGCUAUGAAGCAGAAGAAGGAAGCUUCACCAGAAGAAUGUGACCAGGCAGUUGAAGGUUUAAGCACCGUCAAAGCCAAAGCCAAAGCCAAAGCCAAGCAGCUGCAAGAAACCCAGAAGGGUGCUAAACCUAUACUGAAGAGAAUGUGGGCUAUGCUUUUAGGGAUUGGUCCUGCUUUAAGGGCUGUUGCUUCAAUGAGCAGGGAGGAUUGGGCAAAAAAGUUGGGGCACUGGAAGGAUGAGUUUAAGUCCACAAUGCAGCACUACUGGUUGGGUACAAAACUACUUUUGGCUGAUGUGAGAAUAAGUUCAAGGCUAUUGUUAAAACUUGCUAGUGGGAAGACUCUUUCGAGGAGGGAGAGGCAACAACUGACACGAACAACAGCCGACAUUUUUAGGCUAGUUCCUGUUGCAGUUUUUAUUAUUGUUCCAUUCAUGGAGUUCUUGCUGCCAGUUUUCCUGAAAUUGUUUCCCAACAUGUUGCCAUCAACCUUCCAGGACAAGAUGAAAGAACAGGAAGCUCUAAAAAAGAGAUUGAAUGCAAGGAUAGAAUAUGCUAAGUUUCUUCAAGACACAGUAAAAGAAAUGGCGAAGGAAGUUCAAAACUCAAGAAGUGGAGAAAUAAAAAAAACAGCAGAAGAUCUUGAUGAAUUUAUGAACAAGGUUAGAAGAGGGGCUGGUGUGUCCAAUGAGGAAAUUUUAGGCUUUGCCAAGUUGUUUAAUGAUGAGCUUACUCUGGAUAACGUCAGCAGACCUCGGUUGGUGAACAUGUGCAAAUAUAUGGGUAUCAGACCUUAUGGUACAGAUGCAUAUCUACGUUAUAUGCUUCGAAACAGACUUCGAAAGAUUAAGGAAGACGAUAAGAUGAUCCAAGCAGAGGGCAUAGAGUCCCUUUCCGAGGAGGAACUCCGUCAAGCAUGUCGAGAUCGUGGCUUACUUGGAUUGCUUUCAGUUGAUGAAAUGCGGCAGCAGCUACGAGAUUGGCUGGACUUAUCUCUCAACCAUUCAGUACCGUCUUCUUUAUUAAUUCUUUCUAGAGCUUUCAGUGUGUCUGGUAAAGUGAAGCCAGAGGAAGCUGUUCAAGCUACACUCUCCUCACUGCCUGAUGAAGUGGUGGACACUGUUGGAGUUACAGCUUUGCCAUCUGAAGAUUCUGUUUCAGAAAGGAGGAGGAAGUUAGAGUUCCUAGAAAUGCAAGAAGAACUAAUCAAGGAGGAGGAAGAGAAAGAGGAAGAGGAGCAAGCAAGAUUGAAGGAAUCUGUUUCAAGGCAGAAGGAUUUGGCUUUGGAAGAGAUGAUGACUGCAACGGAAAAAGAAGCAAAAGAUAGAGAAUCAGAAAAAUCUUUGGACAAGCAAGAGCAACUUUGUGAGCUAAGUCGUGCAUUGGCUGUUUUAGCAUCAGCAUCUUCUGUGAGGAGGGAGCGGGAAGAGUUCUUGAGACUUGUCAAUAAAGAGGUAGAGUUGUACAAUAGCAUCGUGGAGAAAGAGGGUACAGACGGAGAAGAAGAAGCCAGAAAGGCAUAUAAAGCUGCAAGAGAGGACAGUGACCGAGCUGAUGGGCAAGCUGCAGGCGACAAAGUUUCUUCAGCUCUAAUAGACAGGGUUGAUUCUAUGCUCCAAAAGCUUGAACAAGAGAUUGAUGACGUGGAUGCAAAAAUUGGCGAUCGAUGGCGAUUGCUUGACAGGGAUUAUGAUGGCAAAGUAACUCCGGAAGAGGUGGCAUCUGCUGCUAUGUACCUGAAGGACACAUUGGACAAGGAGGGUAUACAAGAACUCAUUGGCAACCUUUCCAAAGAUAGAGAAGGAAAGAUUCUUGUGGAAGAUAUUAUCAAAUUAGCCAAUCAGACAGAAGAUGUCGAAGCAGCUGAAGCAGGGAAGCAAUAA